AUGGGUGUCUACCGCGUCUGCGUGUCCACCGGGGCCUCGAUCUACGCGGGCUCCAAAAACAUAGUGGAGCUGUGGCUGGUUGGCCAGCACGGAGAGGUGGAGCUCGGGUCGUGCCUGCGGCCCACGCGGAACAAGGAGGAGGAAUUCAAGGUGAACGUUUCCAAGUACCUGGGAUCGCUGCUGUUCGUGAAACUGCGCAAAAAACACUUUCUCAAGGAAGACGCCUGGUUCUGCAACUGGAUCUCCGUGCAGACCCCCGGGGCCGCUGAGGACAAGUUCUGGUUCCCGUGUUACCGCUGGGUGGUGGGCGACGGCGUCCAGAGCUUGCCAGUGGGCACUGGCUGCACCGUGGUCGGGGACCCUCAAGGCCUGUUCCAGAAACACAGAGAGCAGGAGCUGGAAGAGAGAAGGAAGCUGUACCAGUGGGGUAGCUGGAAGGACGGGUUAAUCCUGAACGUGGCAGGGUCCAAGUUAACUGACCUCCCUGUGGACGAGCGAUUUCUGGAGGACAAGAAAAUCGACUUCGAGGCUUCGCUGGCUUGGGGGCUGGCAGAGCUCGCUUUGAAGGACUCGCUCAAUGUUCUGGCUCCCUGGAAAACUCUGGAUGACUUCAAUAGGAUUUUCUGGUGCGGGCGGAGCAAGCUGGCGAGGCGGGUGCGGGACUCCUGGAAGGAGGACUCCUUGUUUGGGUACCAGUUUCUCAAUGGCGCCAACCCCAUGCUGCUGAGACGCUCGGUCCAGCUUCCUGACCGCCUGGUGUUCCCUCCGGGCAUGGAGGAGCUGCAGGCCCAGCUGGAGAAGGAGCUCAAGGCAGGCACGCUGUUCGAAGCUGACUUCGCCCUCCUGGAUAACAUCAAGGCCAACAUCAUCCUGUAUUGCCAGCAGUACCUGGCUGCCCCGCUGGUCAUGCUGAGACUGCAGCCCGAUGGGAAACUCAUGCCCAUGGCCAUCCAGCUCCAACUGCCAAAAAUCGGAUCCUCCCCACCACCGCUUUUCCUGCCCACGGACCCCCCAAUGGCCUGGCUGCUGGCCAAAUGCUGGGUCCGUAGCUCUGACUUCCAGCUUCAUGAGCUGAAUUCUCAUCUUCUGAGGGGACACUUGAUGGCUGAGGUCUUCACGGUGGCCACCAUGAGAUGUCUUCCAUCCAUACAUCCUGUCUUCAAGCUGAUCAUCCCCCACCUGCGAUACACCUUGGAGAUCAACGUCCGCGCCAGGAACGGGCUGGUCUCUGACUUCGGCAUUUUUGACCAGAUAAUGAGCACGGGCGGCGGCGGCCACGUGCAGCUGCUCCAGCAAGCUGGAGCCCUCUUAACCUAUCGCUCCUUCUGUCCCCCUGACGAUCUGGCCGACCGGGGCCUGCUGGGAGUCGAGUCUUCCUUCUACGCUCAGGACGCGCUGCGGCUCUGGGAAAUCAUCUCCCGCUACGUGCAGGGAAUCAUGGGUCUCUACUACAAAACCGACGAGGCUGUGAGGGACGACCUGGAGCUGCAGAGCUGGUGCCGAGAGAUCACUGAAAUCGGGCUGCAAGGGGCCCAGAGCCAAGGGUUCCCCACCUCUUUACAGUCCAUGGCCCAGGCUUGCCACUUUGUCACCAUGUGCAUCUUCACCUGCACGGGCCAGCACUCCUCCAUCCACCUGGGCCAGUUGGACUGGUUCACGUGGGUCCCUAACUCGCCCUGCACCAUGCGGCUGCCCCCGCCGACCACCAAGGAUGCGACGCUGGAGACCGUGAUGGCCACACUGCCCAACUUCCAUCAGUCUUCUCUCCAGAUGUCCAUCGUCUGGCAGCUAGGCAGGGACCAGCCCGUUAUGGUGCCUUUGGGCCAGCACCAGGAGGAGUACUUCUCGGGCCCUGAGCCCAGGGCUGUGCUGGAGAAGUUCAGGGAGGAACUGGCCAUCAUGGAUAAGGAAAUUGAGGUCCGGAAUGAAAAGCUGGACAUACCCUAUGAGUACCUGCGCCCCAGCAUUGUGGAGAACAGUGUGGCCAUUUGA